AUGCCUGUGCAAACCAGCUCACCGUCAGCCCCGGAUUCGUUCCCUUCUUUUAUGUCUGUGUUUGGGAGGUCGCCCGAGUUCCCCGACACGACGGACCGAACUUCACUCGUCAAACCACUUAGGGUUCCGACCAAUGUCACAGUCAACACAUCGCGACGCCCACUUCCCUUUCAACAUCGCGAAAGUAUAUCAUCGAUGACAUCAGGCUCCACUGAUUCGUCUCCCACCACCACCAUCUCCACCUUCGAUCCUCCUUCGGCCGUGGAUACCUCCCCGAGCUCCUCGCCCGAAUCUCCGUCAUCCAUGCCGUUAUCAUAUCCUACCUUUAUGCCAGUUGCCCACAAGGCUGAGUGCCAAACGCACUCGGCGGCUCCGACCACCGACUUGAAACCGUCAACGGAUAGCCAAAAUGUCGCACGGCCCGACUCCCCCGGCAGGCGCGCACGCAACCUCAAGAAUCUUUCUCUGAGAAUGCCUCUGCCAUCGCAAGGGUCCCGCCCGCCUAUUGCAACGGCCUCUGUCGUAGAAACCACCUCCCAACACCAUCUCUCCGCCCCGCCCUCCCCAAUCCAUGUACCACCGAAGGGCAUGCGCCGCAAGCCCGCCAAUCUUACAAUCCGCACUCCUGGGUUUGAUCGGUCCUUUUCAAGCAACGGUAACGAUGUGCCGCCGACCCCGCACGCUUUGCGCCACACCGAGUCCUCCCCGUCCCUCACGUCUGUGUUUUCUCCAUCAUUCGGCCCGAAGGGUGGCAUGCAACUGCCCCGACCGAUGACCCAUCAUGGUGCCCGGCGACCGUCGGGUGCGUCAGAGAGCAACCUCUCCCCACUGCAAACGGUGCCCGACGAAGGAUCGGGAGUGCUGCAUGAAUUGGAAGAGGAGGAUGACCACCUCGACUCGAGAGAGUCGACGCGGCGCAACGAGCGAGGUUAUCCGAAUGGACCGAUCCAAAUCUAUGACUCUGGCGUCUUCCUGUACCUGGAGCCGACCGCGCAAGAAGCUUCGCAAUUCGAUGUGGUCGUGAAUGUGGCCAAGGAGGUGGCAAAUCCGUUCACCGCGACUGCUGGUAGCACCGGCACGGUGGUCAGCACCUUGCGCAAUGGGUCGGCAAGUACGAAGCGACUGUCGACUGGAGAACCGUGGACGGCCAUGUCCGAUGCAUCCUUCAAGUCUGCCUUUGAGUUCCCCCAAAAUGACGACUCUUCGCCUGCCACACCUCAGAAGGACUCGUCUGGACCGGAAUAUGUCCACGUCGGUUGGGACCACAACUCCGAGAUUCUGGAUGAUCUUUUCCCGCUUUGCGAGUUGAUCGAUUCUCGCAUAUCUGAAGGUAAAAAGGUACUCAUCCACUGCCAGCUGGGUGCUAGUCGAUCGGCAUCGUUGGUCAUCGCCUAUGGUCUCUACAAAAACCGACAGUUGGAUUUUAACUCGGUCUACGAGCUUGUUAAAGAACGUAGUCGCUGGGUCAGCCCCAACAUGAGUCUGAUCUAUCAGCUGACGGACUUUCGUUCUCGGCUACUCCGCGGCAAGCUUUCGAAAGCGGCCCCGGAGGAGUGGUUUGUCGGCGGGGCGCGCAGGUGCUCCGAGCCUCAGCCACCCCAAACAGCCAGGACAGAUGUUUCGGAAGCCAGCACGCCGGGCUUUCUCAGUGGCAGCUCGGAUGCGGAGCCAGCUUCGUCGAACGGCCUUUCGCAGUCGUCGAUGAGCUCUAUAUCGGUGUCCUCUAACCAGACGACGCCUCUUUCGAUAGAGAAUCUGGGCUUCUCACAGUCGCUCUCACACAAGCGCAGCUUGUCUCCUCGGCCACUGCCCUUCCGGCAGGCUACUUAUCACCUGGGGCCGACGGGCAAAACUCUACAACCCGAAUAUACUGCGCCUUCGUGGCGUCCCGAAGGCGGGCCAUGUUCUCUGGCUAAGACGGACGUCUUCGUGCAAGACAUGCCAGAUGGAAUGAACUCGCUUUUCUCGCCGAGAACCACUGGAUUUCUGGCCCCGCCUCUUUCGCGUUCUAUUGCCGACUGCCUCGAGGACGACGGUCCCCACGGGCUGCGGUUCGGGUCGCGAGUUGCAGACCCUCGAUCACCGCCUCCAGGCAAUGAGCGCCUGAUCAUGAGGAAUAUUGAUGAGUUUCUGUAA